AUGUCCACUAACUUCUCGGCUACCACUUUAUUUACAGAUGUGAGAAAACGCAAGGUUGCUGUGAGCAUGGCUGCUGUCCAAAGGACCAAUUCUGGUUGGAUGGCAGGUGUUUUCGUGCUGUUGGGAUUCGUACUGUUAGUCUUCGUCGUCGGUGCAUGUGUUGUGUUCGUUUGUUAUUGGCGUUCAAAAACAGAACAACGCAAAGAAAUGCAAAAAGAAUACGAAUACAACACCUCUUAUGGAUCACAGUUUGGAACAUAUCCUGGCGGUGCUACGUAUCCUGGCGGAGGCAUGUAUCCUGGUGGAUAUCCUGGAGCGUAUUCAACCUACGGACCCUCAGCGCAACCACGAUACUGA